AAUAAAUCAAAAGAUCAACUUAGAAGAAAGCAUGUUCAGAUAAAACAAGAUAACAAAAAUCUUGAAGAUAAUUCUGUUAAUGCCUUUCAGGAUCGUCAUGGACUUUCGGAAACGAAAACAGCAUUACGAUUUAACGAAAGGAUUUGA